AUGAUCCGAACAACUGGUUCGGCAGGAAUCGAUUCGUCGCGAUCAACGUCGCGACCGACCCUGGCCCUUGCCUGCAUCAGAGCCUUCGGAGUGAGCAACACGGCACCGUGGGCGCUGCUGCAUUUCGGAAAGUCUCGGAAACGAUCUCGAAUCCGUCCCAUGGUCUCGAACAGUACUGCACCCCGCAACACCCCGCACCACGGACUGUUGGCAUCGGCGGAGCCCCAAGAGGUGCCUCGCUGCAUCUCCACGGCAAGGUGCGGGGAAAACUUGAUCAAACUCUGCCGUUCAUGCGUGUCGCAAGUCUGGCCUGGUCCCGUUAAGGUGGACACCGCUAACACCUUGUGCUUACGGAGCUUCGCUUUGUGGGGACAGUGCAGCGAGCACCUUUUCGAGAUUACCCUUGACCUGAGCGCUAGGAAGCUCGACGAUGGGCAGAUCGGAAAACAGGGAUACGUUGGCAAAGUAGGCGUCGUUGCGCUCCUGCAUCUGAAGGCGAGUAGGAAUGCAGGUGACAUCUGCCAGGAGCUGCUGGACCUCAUCGUGCUGGUUGGCAGGUAG